GCAGGAUAUCGAGGAUCACGUCGCCUUUGUAAUCACUGUCCCCACUGCGCUGGCUAUUUUCCUCACUAUCUUUGUUCUGGUCUGCAUCGAGUCCAUCUUCAAGAAGCUGCUCCAAGUUUUCUCCUUGGUGAUCUGGGCCUGCCUGGUUGCCAUGGGUUACCUCUUUAUGUUUUUUGGAGGAAUCAUCUGUCCCUGGGAUCAGGUGUCUUUCUUCUUGUUCAUCAUCUUUGUGGUAUACACCAUGCUCCCCUUCUCCAUGAGAGAUGCCAUCAUAGCCAGCGUGCUCACCGCGUCCUCUCAUACUGUUGUCCUCAGUGUCUGCCUCUCCUCUACAGUCGACCAUGUGGAGCCCCUAGUAUGGCAGAUCCUGGCAAAUAUCAUAAUUUUCAUAUGUGGGAACCUGGCAGGAGCAUACCAUAAGCAUCUGAUGGAACUGGCGCUAAAACAGACAUAUCAAGACACCUGCAACUGUAUAAAAUCACCCAUCAAACUGGAGUUUGAGAAGAGACAACAGGAACGUCUGUUGCUGUCUCUGCUUCCUGCUCACAUUGCCCGAGUGAUGAAAGCUGAAAUCAUACAGAGACUACAGGGGCCGAAGUUUGGUCAGGUGGAAAACACCAACAACUUCCAUAAUUUAUAUGUACAACGUCACACUAAUGUCAGUAUUUUGUAUGCUGACAUUGUUGGAUUUACCCGUUUGGCCACCGAUUGCUCACCUGGAGAGUUGGUCCAUAUGUUGAAUGAGCUAUUUGGCAAAUUUGACCAGAUUGCCAAGGAAAAUGAAUGUAUGAGAAUUAAAAUUUUAGGGGACUGUUAUUACUGUGUAUCUGGCCUCCCAGAGUCCUUGCCAAAUCAUGCCAACAACUGUGUGAAGAUGGGUCUUGACAUGUGCGAAGCUAUUAAGAAAGUGCGAGACGCCACAGGAGUGGACAUUAACAUGCGAGUUGGUGUUCACUCUGGAAACGUUCUCUGUGGUGUGAUUGGCCUCCAGAAAUGGCAAUAUGAUGUCUGGUCACAUGAUGUGACUUUAGCCAAUCACAUGGAAGCAGGUGGUGUACCUGGACGAGUCCACAUCACCUCAGUGACUCUUGAGCACUUGAAUGGGGCAUAUAAGGUUGAAGAUGGAGAUGGCCAGGAGCGUGAUCCUUAUCUAAAAGAGCAUGGAGUUGUAACCUACUUAGUGAUCAACCCAAAGGCAGAGAGAAAAAGUCCUCAGCACCACUACAGACCCAGACACGCCAUGUAUGGGACUAAAAUGAGAGCUUCAGUGAGGAUGACCAGAUACCUGGAGUCAUGGGGUGCAGCCAAGCCUUUCGCCAACCUUCACCACAGAGACAGCAUGACCAAUGAGAAUGGAAAAAUCAACACCGCUGAUGUCCCCAUGGGCCAGUACCACUUUCAGAGGCGUUCAGAGAGAACAAAAUCUCAGAAGAAGCGUUUUGAGGAGGAACUCAACGAGAGGAUGAUUCGAACUUUUGAUGGCAUCAAUUCUCAAAAACAAUGGCUCAAAUCGGAGGACAUUCAGAGAAUAUCUUUGUUUUUCCACAAUAAAGCAUUGGAAAAAGAGUAUAGAGCAACGACCCUGCCGGCCUUCAAAUAUUAUGUGACCUGUGCCUGCUUGAUAUUCUUCUGCAUUUUCAUCGUUCAGAUCCUGGUUCUGCCAAAAACGGCAAUAUUGGGAAUAUCAUUUGGAAUGUCUUUCUUAAUUCUGUCUGUGAUUCUGCUCAUUUGCUUCAUUGGGCAUUUCUUGCAUUGCGAUAAGACAGCCUCUGCAUCUUGGCUCUGGAUCCUUAGAUCCUCCGGAAUCAUUGCCAACAAGCCCUGGCCACGCAUCACCCUCACCAUGGCAACCACAGCCCUCAUCCUGAUCAUGGCUGUCUUCAAUAUGGUAUGUCAACCACAAUAUUUUAUCUACAGUUGCAUUCUGGGCCUGAUUUCCUGCUCAGUGUUUCUGAGGAUCAACUAUGAAUUGAAGUUGCUCAUCAUGCUAACAGCCGUGGUGCUCUACAGCAUCAUCAUACUUCAAACACACGCAUCUCUGCUGGACGAAUACAGUAAAUUCCUCUACAAAACAGAGAUCCCGGAUAGGCCAGGAGUUCUGAAAGACUUGAAAACUAUGGGCUCUAUAUCUCUCUUUAUAUUCUUCGUCACUCUGCUUGUUCUAGCUAGACAGAAUGAAUAUUACUGUAGGUUGGAUUUCCUGUGGAAGAACAAGUUCAAGAAAGAAUGUGAGGAGAUAGAAACCAUGGAGAACCUUAAUCGUGUUCUGUUGGAAAACGUUCUUCCAGCCCAUGUAGCAGAGCACUUUCUGGCCAGGAACUGGAAGAACGAGGAUUUGUAUCACCAAUCAUAUGACCUGGUGUGUGUGAUGUUUGCUUCUAUCCCGGACUUCAAAGAGUUCUACACAGAAUCAGAUGUAAACAAGGAAGGUCUUGAGUGCCUCAGACUACUCAACGAAAUCAUUGCAGACUUUGAUGAGUUGCUCUCUAAGCCUAAGUUUAGUGGAGUGGAGAAGAUAAAGACCAUUGGAAGCACAUAUAUGGCAGCCACUGGACUUAAUGCCACACCAGGACCAGAAUAUACACAGGAGCAUGACAGGCAGUACAUGCACAUUGGUACCAUGGUGGAGUUUGCCUUUGCACUGGUGGGGAAGCUGGAUGUCAUCAAUAAACAUUCCUUCAAUGAUUUCAAACUUAGAGUGGGUAUUAAUCAUGGACCUGUGAUAGCUGGGGUGAUUGGAGCUCAGAAGCCCCAAUAUGACAUCUGGGGCAACUCAGUGAAUGUAGCAAGCAGAAUGGACAGCACAGGAGUGCUGGGAAAAAUACAGGUUACAGAAGAGACGAGUCGUAUCUUGCAGACAUUAGGCUACAUGUGCACAUGCAGAGGAAUUAUAAACGUGAAAGGGAAAGGAGAGCUCAAAACAUACUUCGUCCACACUGAGAUGAGCCGGUCUUUAUCCCAGGGGAAUGUAAUGCCAUGAAGCAUAGCAACAAACAUGCAAUGAACUGCAGACAUCUACAAACGGGAAUACAAGGGACAUUUGUAAAUAAUUGCUCCUAGUCUUUAGAUGCACGAAGUAUUGGAUGUAUUGAAAGUGAUACCAUUUCUACUGUAUCUCAUAGGCAGGUUUUGUGCACAGGGUACUACUGUAAGUAUGGUAGCAAAUUAUUUUGUAAGAAAAUCAAAUAU